AUGGCGGCGGCGGUGGCGGCGCAGCCCCAGCCGCCACGCGAGGCGCUGCGGCAGCUGCUCCGCGCGCAUCCGCGGGUGCACCCCGGCAGCGCCGCGGCCGCCGAGUUCUGCGCUGCUGGCCUGGGCGCCCUGCCGUGCAUGGAGUGGGACGAGGAUUCGAGGGGAGAAGGGGCCUCGCGGCCCUGGGGGCGCCUUCUCGAGAGCCCCGCGCGGCAGAGCCCCUUGCCGCCGAGCGGCGCGCCGGGGGGGCCGACCGAGCCCGCCCCCGGCGAGCCGCCGCGGCUGGUGCCGCCGCCAGGCGGCGGCGCAGGCACGCCGGAGGAUCAGGAGGCGACGCCCUCGAGCGCCGCGAGCCCCGGCAGCGGUGGGCGCCGCCCCGCCGGCGGCGCCGCGCCGCACAGGCAGCAGGCGCACGCCGCGGCGCCGGCGGGCCCGGAGCCCGCGGAGGCACCGCGGGCGGAGUCCGGCGCCGACGGGCAGCCAGAGGAGGACCAUUUUCUGGCAGCCCGGCGCCACCGCUGGGCUGCUGGCCUGCGCCGCGGAUGA